CUGCCCUUAUCACCACCGGCCACCGCUCUGAAUACGCUGCCGUCGAAAACCCCUCCUCCUCGCCCAAUCUGCCGCGCUCCUCGAGAUCCUCCACAGCCUGACCGGAAUCGUCAGAUCUCCGGUCGCCGCCACCCUUCCCCAAUUAAGCGACCGGGUCUAAGUCGCGUGGGGAUCCUGUACAGCUUCCCCGAGAUCCGAACUCAUUUUCUAGUCGGAUCCCUCGUCAUCAGCUGGUUGAUUGCGGAGAUUAUCUGCUACUCGUUUUUCGGGGUGAAGGAGGCGUUCGGGCACGCGCCGUCUGGCUGCUAUGGCUAA